AGGUACCCAGUAUCCUACAGUUGCUGAAGAAAUUAAAGGUGUUGCCAGUUCAGAUCCUGUUCAUCGCAAGCUUUUUGUUCGUGGCCUGGCUUGGGAGACUACCUCAGAGACCCUGUGUGCUGCAUUUAGUAUGCAUGGAGAAAUUGAAGAGGGAGCUGUCAUUUUUGACAAAGCAACUGGAAAAUCUCGUGGAUAUGGUUUCAUUACUUAUCGGCAUAUGGAAUCUGCUCAUAAGGCAUUGCGAGAACCUAGCAAGAUGAUUGAUGGCCGUCUGGCAGUCUGUAAUCUUGCUUGUGAAAGCUUAAGCAGUGCAUCUGUCAGCACUGAUGUAGCACUGAGGAAGAUAUAUAUUGGAGGCCUGUCACCAGACAUAUCGAGUGAAACUUUGCUUAAUUUCUUUGGUAGGCAUGGGGAUAUAGAAGAAGGCUCAGUUGCUUAUGAUAAAGAGACUAACAAAUCUCGAGGAUUUGGUUUUGUUACAUACAAGACAGUCGAGGCUGCAAAGAAGGCCAUAGAUGACCCAAAUAUGACUCUUGGGGGAAGGAACAUUACGGUGAAGCUUGCAGACACCCAUAAGAGUAAAAUAAUACAAGCACAAGUACCGGCAGCAAUGGUUUCAAUGGCUGUACCUUUUCCAGCAGGAUAUGCCCAGUCUGGAAAGUCACAGUCUGCAAGCCCAUCCCCUGUAGGCUAUGCUCCGUACCCACCUGCCAUGGCAGCAUAUCCCACUGCUUACCCGAAUGCCCCUGCUCAAUAUGCAUCACCACCUCAGAUUUCAUAUCCACAAGUUGGUGGAAAAAAGGAACCAGUUGGACUGCCAUCAGCAGCGCCUGCUGGAAUUCCAGGGUACCCAUAUUAUGCAACAAAACCAUAGAAGACAAAUCUUGCAGGUAAACCGUAUCAGAUCCCAUGUUUAUCAGGCUAGAGGAUUAUUCUAGUAGCUUUAGGAGGCUUACAGCUUACACAUUGUAUAUUUGGUGAUUCUGCACUCUGCAGUGCCUAUCACUAGUUGGCAUUAGGGUUAAAAGACUAAGCUGAAGCAUUGAAGACCUCUCUCUCUCUCUUUUUUUGGGUGUCAGAUAUAUUGGCAUUGAUUAUGGCAAUCCUUUCAUGACCCGUUUAUCAGAAGAAAUGAGAUUCCGGGACGAGUAGAAUUACUAAAUAGUUUUACUUUGGAUGACACUAGGGGUACCUGCUGAGUAUUAAAUCUGUUUAUUUUUUUAAGGUGUCUAUUUGUGUUGCUCUAUUACGAACAGGCCCUCCUGCCCCCGCCAAGCAAUCCAAUUGAAUCUGCCGGAUCUCCCAGCUUUAAUCAACAGAAUUUGUCUGUUUGUGACCUAAUGACUUGAAUCCAUGGAGAGGCGCUCUUAGAUUUACAAACGAUCUAUUCAAGGGACGGCACCUGGCUCUUGAUUCUGAUGCUAGUUUUCCUCUUUAAAAUGGGAUGGCUUUCGGGUCAUUACAAGAUAUGCUUCGAGCUGCAUUAGAAUAAAGGUUCUGCAUUUUGGAAUUAAAAAACGGUAGAUCUGUUUAUUCCAGUAUUAUAAGAAUAUUCUGUUUAUUUCAGUCGUUGAGGUUGUUUUCCGGUUGUCGUAAUGUGGGAUGUACUUGUCUUGUGAUUAGCAUGUUCAAAAGAAUGUUUGCAUCGUUUAGUAAUUAGAUGAUGUUGGCCUCUUGGAACC